CGAAAAAUUGCACUAGAAUCGGCUUUUUCAGGACCGAAUGUAAUCAUUCGGCUAAACGAUGGGUCGCUUCUGAUUUCCUACCGCAGCUUAAUAACACAACUGAUACAUCGUGUUCAAUACCGACAGGAAAAUUAGAGCCGAAAAAUAAAUCAUCUUCUUUUCUUGGAUUUUCAAGAAGGUUUUCAAGGUCAUUUUAUCUCGAUAUUGAGGAUAUAAACAAUUUUCUAGAUCCUUCAGAACGAUUAGAAAAUAGAUCGAAUGAAUUCGGAAGUAUUAUUGCAUGACUGAAACGGAACAACUGAGCGAUCCUUAUAAGUAUUUAUCUAAAGCAACUAAAUUGUACGAUAAGUAUACCAUGAAUGAUAUUCUGCAGAAAAGUAAUAUUACUCCAGGGAAAAAUUACACUUAUCAAGAAAUUUCUAACGCUGUGUCCAAGGUCACGCAAGGAAAGAAACCUGUUAUCAAAUGUUUGUGGAAUUUUAUGGCAAACAUACUAGAAUUAGAAAGAAUAACACUAUUCUUCGAUAAAUCAUUGAAUUUAAUUGACCCACUGAAAAACUACUAUCCUGGAAAAUGUUCACCUGAUUUACCAAUUCUUUACAAAAAUUAUUCGAAAAAAUCCGACUAUCAAUCUCAAUUGGUACCUUAUGAAGACCCUUUCGACAAAUAUCCAACACUUCGAGAAGAUAAUAAUGGUUAUUAUUUAUUCAUACAAAAAGCCAAACCUCUUCAGUGCUUCGGACCGGAUUCAUCUAGUUGUCUUCAACCAAAGUAUCCAUGGGUCGUCAAUACAUUUAUUUUUAAAUUCAACGAAAGCAUAAGCUUCACGUGUGAUUAUUACUCGAGCGAUCCUCACAGAUUCAAAAAAUUCAAUAUCACCUCUUUGUCGUCCAUCGAAAAUGAAAUCGUAGAAAAAUAGGGUAUACAAGAUUCUUCAAAGUAUUCUGACACAGAAGUAGACUUCCGUUCUGUUUGGCACAACCAGGGACAAUGUUCGACUUACUUUAAAGGAAAAUUCGACAGCGAGUUCAAGUUUUACAAAAAGUCCUUCGAAUUACUUGAUAAAUACAACAUUGAUGUGAUCCUUCGGCAAGUUAAUAUCACUUCUGGGAAAAAUUAUACUUAUCAGGAAAUAUCCGAGGCCGUUUCCAAGAAAAUUAAUGGCAAAAAACCGAUUGUUAUAUGCUCACAUGAGU